UUGUAUGUUGUCGCGACACUUUUUUAUUUUAUUCUGUAAAUAGAACAAGCGAUUUAAAUGCCUAUUUUACAGAGUCAAUUGCGUGUUAAUAAUACAAGCACAAAAACUGUUGUUAUAAAGUUCAAGUUCAGGGACGUUGUCUUAUAGUGGGACUUUUCAAACGCACUACGAACUGUCACCUCGUUUGACAACUUCAGUCGGUCACUGGUUGACAGUCGGUUUAAACGUGUGUAAAUAAACAUAUCCGGUCCGAGCGCGCCAUCAAUUUGCAUUAAAUCGCGUUUAUUCAAUUACAUAAACUUAUUACAGACGGCCGGUCCUUGUUUGAGCCACGGGGAGACUGCAGACCAUGUGACCAUGCUCGGACUCUGAUCGCCGGCGGAUUAAAAAAAAAGUUUAGUUGAUCCGCGAGUGAGCGAUUCACCGAUCUCGUUCGCAUUGUUUCGCAAAUUCAGUGUUUGUGUGUUAAAACUAUAAACUUUACUGUUCAAAAUGAAGGAAAUACACAGGAAGGAGGAGAUUUCUGAUGAUGAGUCGGGACUGGGGUAUCAGAACACUUUGAUGUAUGGCCGCUACCAACGCGACCUAAGCGAAGCGGCUCGCGAGGAGGCCCGCCGGCUGCGGCGUCUGCGCAAGCGGCGGCGGAAAGAUGACAAACUUAGGCAGAAAGAGUUAGAGGCUACGGGGAAAAGUCGGCCGAGGGGGAAGUUCGUCAAAGUACUAGGUUAUAUAUGGAGGCAUACGUUCGCCCGGUUAGGCGAGGACUGGGUGUUCUUAGCAGCUCUGGGCAUCAUCAUGGCCGUUCUCAACUUCGCGAUGGACAGAGGAAUCGCCAUCUGCAAUAAUGCUCGCAUGUGGAUGUACAACGACCUGGCCACGUCUACAUUCAGCCAGUACGUCGCGUGGGUGUCUCUGCCGGUGUGUCUCAUCUUGUUCGCCGCUGGUUUUGUGCAUAUCGUCGCUGCGCAGAGUAUAGGUUCCGGUAUACCGGAAAUGAAAACGAUACUCCGAGGGGUUCAGCUAAAAGAGUAUCUAACAUACCGAGCGCUCAUAUCCAAAGUCAUUGGCCUCACUGCCACGCUUGGCUCCGGGCUGCCUUUAGGAAAGGAGGGUCCAUCAGUCCACAUUGCCUCCAUGGUAGCACAAUUACUCUCCAAACUAGUAACGACCUUCCAAGGAAUCUACACGAACGAGUCCCGGACUACAGAAAUGUUAGCUGCCGCCUGUGCCGUGGGUGUAGCAUCUUGCUUCGCAGCUCCUGUUGGAGGCGUCCUGUUUUCGAUCGAAGUAACGACCACAUAUUUCGCCGUGCGCAACUACUGGCGCGGAUUCUUCGCUGCUUGCUGCAGUGCCAUUAUGUUCCGGCUCCUUUCGGUAUGGUCUGGAGCCCUGCCGACUGUAAAACCGCUGUUCCCCACAAACUUGCCCCAGGACUUCCCAUUCGACCCUCAGGAGUUCGCCGUGUUCGUCCUUUUAGGGAUUGUAUGCGGGCUAUUGGCAGCUCUAUGGGUGUGGUUACAUCGACAAUACGUACUUUUCAUGAGGAAAAAACAUAUCAGCAGUUUCUUACAAAAGAACCGCUUCAUCUAUCCAGGGUUCAUGACGUUGGCAGUCAUGUCGAUUCUGUUCCCUCCCGGCAUUGGAAAAUAUAUGGCGGCCGAUCUGGGCAAUCAGGAGCAGGUGUUAUCUCUCUUCGCAAACUUCACCUGGUCGGACAACCUAACAGCGGAGCAGGCCUCGAUGGUUGCGCACUGGGAAACCCCUGAAGUCAACCUUUAUGGUUGCUUAUGGAUCUUCUUUCUGUCUAUUUACUUCCUAAGCAUGGUAUCCUGCACUCUUCCCGUGCCGGCCGGUAUCUUCGUACCGGCGUUCAAAAUGGGGGCCUCCCUCGGUCGACUAACUGGGGAGCUGAUGCACUACUUCUGCCCACUUGGAGUAGCCUAUGGAGGGCAUAUACAGAAGAUUCUACCAGGUGGCUACGCGGUAGUUGGAGCAGCCGCCUUCACGGGUGCCGUGACGCACACUGUGUCAACCAUCGUCAUUGUCAGCGAGAUGACGGGACAGGUGACCCACAUCCUUCCAAUAAUGGCGGCGGUUCUGGCAGCAAAUGCGGUCGCAGCCUUGCUGCAGCCAUCCUGUUUUGACAGCAUCAUACUCAUAAAAAAACUGCCUUAUUUACCAGACUUGUUAUCUUCAGCUAGUCGAAUGUAUGACAUUUGCGUGGAAGAUUUCAUGGUGCGAGAUGUCAAAUACAUAUGGAAUAGGAUGACGUUCCAGCAACUAAAAGAUUUAUUGAAAGAAAAUAAGGCAAUAAAAAGUUUCCCGCUAGUGGACAGCCCGACUUCCAUGGUCCUCCUAGGGUCCAUCCACCGCUGGGAGCUAGUCAAGGUCAUAGAACAACAAGUCGGUAGAGAGAGACGGCUGCAGGUGGCAGCGUUGUGGCAUCGCGAGGCUGAGCUGAGAAGGAAAGAGACGGAACGACGCGCGAGACGACCGUCCCGAUUCGAGGUGACACCGGCGCCGGAUAUGCUAGGCCUGCGGCCGCCCGGCGCGCCUGGCAUGACGAGAGGGUCGUCGCUCACUACCAAGGACCAGGAGGGACUUAUACCAGCGCCUGGACAACUAUUCCGCCCGAAGUCAAUCCUGAAGAAGACCAAUUCCUUCACACUGACCCGCGGCUUAGGGUCGCCUCAACCGCUCACGCCAACAACUCCAUCCGUCUACACCACCGUCACUGGCGCCGAAACUCGAAUCCGUGCCGCUUUUGAAGCUAUCUUCAAGCGAUCUACGCUUCUUCAAGAUGUGGAAGGUGGUUUAGAAGGCGGCCAGCUCUCUCCAGGACUAGCCAGGAGUCCCAGCAUCAACAAGAAAGUACAACUGCCCCGUGAACGAGUGUGUGACAUGUCUCCCGAAGACCAGAAGGCGUGGGAACAACUAGAGAUGGGGAAGGAGAUAGACUUCGACCGCAUGCUUCAAAUUGCUCGUAAGAGAGAUAUGCAAUUGGACGAAACGGAUUAUGAGGACGAAACUAGUCUCUACACAUGCCAUAUCGACCCUGCGCCCUUCCAGCUAGUCGAGAGGACCUCCUUGCUCAAGGUCCACUCACUGUUUUCGACGUUGGGAGUGAGCAGAGCCUACGUCACAGCCAUAGGCAGGCUUAUAGGCGUCGUCUCGCUACAAGAGCUCCGUAAAGCCAUAGAAGACGUAAACUCCGGAGUCCUAACACUGGCUACCCGCCCCGCGCCCCCCACCACUCCUCCCCCCGCCAUGGUCCGCGCGGGAAGCGAACCCGCGCCCCCCAGCGACAGUGAGACGGCCAAACUCACCACUCAGGACACCAAGUGAGAAACUAUCUAAUAAAACUAGUGAGAAAGUUUCAAUACUAGCAUCUGUUGCCAAACCAGAAUAAAUUGAGGUUAUGUGAAAUUGACAGCAGACGGUUAUAGUACCUUCGUUUGUUAGCGACAUCUAGUAAACACUAUCAUAACUACACUAUUGAGGACUACAAUGUCACAGUAUAAUAAAGAGUAAUUGUUCAGUAUGGCCACUGCCGCUCCCCGCUGAAAGUGCCGCCCACCCCCUCUCGGUUACCUCACAGUUACCG